GUCACUGAAACAAAAAGAAAAGAAAGGGUAUUUUUAUAGCUGGCUUUUUUAAUUGUUUGCAUGUGUGAGACAUGUUGUCACCAUAAUGUAUCUAGUUACCUACCUAUAGAGCUUUUAUUUAGAUUUCAUAAACAAAUAGGUAUCGAAUAUGAACAAUGCAAGUUUAGAAUAUCAGAGAUUUAAAGACAUUGACUUUGACAUUGUCACACAGGUCAACAUUUUGAAAGAGAAGCGAGAAAAGAUUGAUUCAUCCUUUCAUGGAGGAGAGUUGACAACGGUGUGGAUGAUGGACUCAUGGAGUGCAGCAGAUUCGUUACAAAGAAGGGAAGAUGAAGUUAUCUCUAACUGCAAAGUUAGAUAUGACAUUGAUAAAUCUAUUGUGGAUCUUUAUCUGAAGUUUUGUCUGUCCCAAGCUAGCAAGGUUCAUUUUAUCAUGAAUAAGCUGGAACAACUUAGUAAGAAAAGUGGCGAUGAUCCUUGUCCUGCAGACUUCACAAUACAUGCAUAUCAAGAAUGGUCCAGAACAUGCCCAAGAAUCCAUGCUCUACAGUCUCAAAUUUUAGACCUACUUGGACAAAAAAUGAAGUUAUUCAAUAUGGCUACUCAAGAAGUAAAACACACAAGAUCAUUCACACAUGAUACAGUUGAUAUUGAGAAACUUCGUUCACAAACAUACUUUUUUGUAGAACGAGAUCCUGUCGUUGAUACAGAUUUCACUCUUCAUGUCAGUAACAUUGUAAAUGUGAAUUCAAAUACAUUUGAAGCUAAAAAAAUAAGAGAAUUUAUUCAUCAGUGUUGGGACAGCUCUGAAGCCGAGAUGAAAGAAAUGAACUUUGCUGAAUAUUAUCAAGAAUUUGUAGGAGCCCUAACUGAACACAUUUUGACUAAAUUUGGUCAUAUGAGACGUAGUGGAAAUUCAAAAGUUGAUGUCACAAGGGAUCAAAUUUAUGUCAUCAUAGAAGCUGCUUUGAUUCCUCAUGUAUCUGAUUGUAUUUUUGAACGUGAUGCAAGCGACGACAUCAUCAGUGAACAAUACAAGAAGUUCUCCUCCCUCGCUCAGACUGGCAUCGGUAUAACACGUGAAUAUGUUGACAAUUCAGAGGCGCCUUACCGUGAUGCAAUUUUCCAGUUGAGAUGCAUGUCUGUGGUUAAACUACCAACUCAGAAGAUGCGCGCUAUUAUCUUGUCCGCCCACUCGACUAUUAAUAGGAUGGGUGAAAUUUGUUUGAAUGCAGAUGUUGUGGCGGGUGCAGAUGAAUUUAUUGACGUGUGGGUGUAUGUAGUGCUUCAAGCUGGUGUCACCAACCUCUGUUCCAACAUCAAGUUCUUAAGAGAGUUUUGUAAUCCAAGUUACAUGCUUUCGGAGACUGGAUACUACUUGUCAAGCUUGGAGCUAGCUUCGGAAUAUAUUAAGAAUUUAAAGUUCGAUUCACUAAUUGGUGGUGCAGAGCAAACAUCACAAGUUUUGUUUGUGUCUGAGAUGUCGAGCAAAUUAAAGAAGUUAUGCGAAAGAGAGAACUGGCCUUUCGAAAUAGUUGAAGAAAACUUUGAGCUUGCUGGCUAUGAAAUGGUGCUGUGUUCUGAUUGGUUUAACAAUCCAUGCAGACUUGUUCAUUCAGCCUUUCGUGAAGCAAGUAAAGCGCCGCCAAUUUUCGUCUCGCUGUGUCAGUUUAAAAAAGCAAUAUCUCUCGAAAGCGUGCACAAACUUUUGUUUCAAAGUUCCCCUCAAGUUACUUUACGACUUGCAAAAAUUAAUAAAACGAAUAUUUUUGUCCCAAUUCUUACUGUGUGCGAGACUAAUAGUAACGACGUAACUGUGUUACCAAGAUACGUUCGGAUUUGCGGGAAAAGAAAAAGAGACAACUUGAGCUUAAUCUCGUAUUAUAACUUGACCGCACUUGGAAUAAGAAAUUCAAGGCAAAUCAAACUCAUUGAGGAUGAAGAAGAUCUUGAAAAGGACUUACAAUCAAUGAACGCGCAAUUUAAAGAGGAUUACUCUGCUUGUCUUACUGACCCUGCUUGUCUCGCUGACCCAUCUUGUCCUGCUGACCGCGAACAGGAUGUAAAUAAUAUUAUCAAAUUAAUCGAGGAUUCAUUAAAAAGCCUCGGUUUCUACAGUUUGUUAUUGCCAAGCACUGGCCGAUAUUCUGUUGGGUUGCAGAAAGCUGUGCGGAUGUUUCAACGUGAUUGUAAUCAGUUAUUCACAGCUAAGAAUGAUUAUACAUUGAAUAGAAGUACUGAGCGCAGCCCGAAAUUUGGUACAACACGCACACAAAAGGAAUUAGCUACUGUGAAAUUACGCGAGGAUGGUAUCAAUGACGUUAAAACGCUGCUGAAAAUAUUGGAACGAGCAAAAAAAUAUCCGACAAAUGUUAAAAAGUAUAAAUUUUAGAGUUUUUGUAACAUGGAAAACACCUAUUUUUAUCAUCUGUUUACAGUACUGACAAACCUCUACCGAAACGUAUGAAUGUUGACUUUGUUUUUGCUGGCGUUCUUAGAAUAAUUUGCCUAGAAUAGAAAUCACGUGUUUGUUCCGAACGGCAGAAUUGCGGUUUUUUCACAGCUGUCGUACUUCAGUUUGACAUAUUGUGACGCAUAACAUUUUUUAAUAUUUAGCGAGAUAUAUAUUCUGACAAAAGCUGACCGCUUGCUUCCUAAUAAGGAAAAAAAAUACAUUAUUAUUUUGUAAAACGCAACUUUUCUUUUUUCUUCAAUAUUUACAUGUUCUGUACAAAAUAUUUUUAAUAAAUAUAAAAAUAAAAAACAUUAA